AUGUUCGCACGAAUUCAACCCGCCCCGGGCCUCGGAAUACUGCCACCGCCAUGUCUGCCGCCGCCUCCUAUUCGCCGCCGCCUCUUCCUCUCUCAGCGCCGCUGUGCCUCCGCUUCGUCUACCCGCUUCCGGGUACGUAGCAGCGUGAAGGUCAGUGUCGAUGACAAGAGAAAAAAUUACAGCGAAGAAUGUGAAGAAUCCAGUUCAAGUGAAGAGGAUGACGUAAGGAGAGCUUAUCCCUUUCAUGAAAUAGAGCCUAAGUGGCAGCGAUAUUGGGAGGAGAACAAGACGUUUCGGACCCCCGAUGAGAUUGAUACCUCCAAGCCCAAAUUCUACGUUCUCGACAUGUUUCCUUAUCCCAGUGGGGCUGGUUUACAUGUCGGGCAUCCUCUUGGUUACACGGCCACAGAUAUCCUUGCUCGACUUAAACGGAUGCAAGGUUUCAAUGUUUUGCAUCCAAUGGGUUGGGAUGCGUUUGGUUUACCUGCAGAACAAUAUGCAAUUGAGACUGGUACUCAUCCAAAGAUCACAACCAUGAAAAACAUAGACAGAUUUCGUGCACAGCUUAAAUUGUUAGGAUUUUCAUAUGACUGGGAUCGGGAAAUUUCUACCACUGAGCCUGAAUAUUAUAAAUGGACGCAGUGGAUAUUUCUGAAACUUUUUAAGAGAGGACUGGCAUAUCAGGCUGAAGUUCCUGUCAACUGGUGUCCUGCACUCGGGACUGUCUUGGCAAAUGAAGAAGUAGUAGAUGGUGUGAGUGAGCGUGGGGGCCAUCCAGUAAUUAGGAAGCCUAUGCGGCAAUGGAUGCUGAAGAUUACGGCAUAUGCUGAACGUCUUCUUGAAGAUUUGGAUGAUCUGGACUGGCCUGAAAGUGUUAAGGAAAUGCAAAGGAACUGGAUAGGAAAAUCAGCAGGAGCUGAGCUGCAAUUCAGCAUUUUGGAUAUCAAUGGUCUCGAGAGGGACAUUAAAAUUACUGUCUACACAACACGGCCCGAUACCAUUUUUGGUGCAACUUACUUAGUCCUGGCACCUGAACACGUCCUAUUGGCAACCAUUGUGUCUGAUGGCCAAAGAAAAGAUGUAGAAGAAUACAAAGAAAUUGCCUCUAGAAAAAGUGAAUUCGAGAGGACUGAGCUCCAGAAAGAGAAGACUGGUCUUUUUAGUGGCUGUUAUGCAAGAAAUCCAGCCAAUGGGAAAGCUAUUCCAAUUUGGAUAGGUGACUAUGUUUUGGGAAGUUAUGGGACAGGAGCAAUAAUGGCUGUACCUGCACACGACACUCGUGACCAUGAGUUUGCUUUGAAGUACAAUAUCCUAGUAUGUGGAGUUGUGGCUCCAGAAAAUGGAAAUUUGAUUUACUCGGAGACUGCUUACACUGGUGAAGGUACUAUGAUCAAUUCAUCUAGUCCAGAAACAGGGCUCAGCAUAAAUGGCCUACCGACCAAAGAUGCUGGCUCUAAAGUCAUUGAUUGGCUUGAGAAAACUGGAAAUGGAAUGAGAAAGGUGAACUAUAAAUUAAGGGACUGGCUAUUUGCUCGGCAGCGUUAUUGGGGAGAGCCUAUCCCUGUAAUUUUUAUCAAUGACACAGGUGAAUGCUUACCAGUUUCUGAAGAUGAGCUGCCUCUUACCCUUCCUGCGUUGGAUGAUUUUACUCCGACUGGGACAGGGGAGCCACCGCUUGCUAAGGCUUCGUCUUGGGUCAAAACUGUCGACUCGACAUCUGGUAGAUCUGCUCUUCGUGAGACAAACACUAUGCCUCAAUGGGCUGGCUCUUGCUGGUACUAUCUUAGGUUCAUGGAUCCUAGAAAUCCCAAGACAUUGGUCGACAGUGAAAAGGAAAUGUAUUGGGGCCCUGUUGAUGUGUAUGUUGGUGGUGCUGAACAUGCAGUUCUUCACUUGCUUUAUGCUAGAUUCUGGCACAAGGUUCUUUACGAUGUUGGUAUAGUCUCUACAAAGGAACCUUUUCAAUGUGUCAUAAACCAGGGAAUUAUUCUUGGAGAAGUACAAUACACGGCCUUCAGAAACUCAGAGGGGCAUUUAGUGUCUGCUGAUACUGAGGAAAUAAGUAACUUAAGACAAGAAAGCAUACCCGAGGAGAAGGUUACAAAAUCUGGUGAUUAUUUUGUGCUGAAAGACAAUCCCAGUAUACGCCUGAUUGCCCGUGCUCAUAAGAUGAGCAAAAGUAGGAGAAACGUCGUUAAUCCGGACGACGUUGUUUCACAAUAUGGUGCAGAUUCUCUUCGUCUAUAUGAAAUGUUUAUGGGCCCAUUCAGGGACACAAAAACAUGGAGUACCAGUGGUAUUGAUGGUGUUCAUCGCUUUCUAGCUAGAGUGUGGAGGUUAAUAGUUGGUUCACCAUCCAAUGGUGGUAACUUCAGAGGUGGAACAGUUGAUCUCGAUUCAGAACCUUCUAUGGAGCAGCUCCGGGUUCUUCAUAGAUGCAUUAAUAAGGUUACAGAGGAAAUUGAAGGGACGAGAUUCAACACGGGGAUUUCUGCAAUGAUGGAAUUCAUUAAUGCAGCAUAUAAGUGGGACAAACUUUCUAGGACGAUCAUUGAAGAUUUUGUUUUGUUGCUCUCACCCUAUGCACCGCAUAUGGCCGAGGAGUUGUGGUCCCGUCUUGGACAUUCCAGUUCACUGGCUUACGAGCCAUUUCCCAAGGUGAAUCCUGCAUACUUAAAGGAGUCGACAAUAACUCUACCGGUACAAAUCAACGGGAAGACAAGGGGCACAAUCCAGGUCGAAAAAUCUUGCACAGAAGAAGAUGCAUUUUCACUAGCUUCAUUGGAUUCUAAACUGUCAAAAUAUCUGGUCGGGAAAACCAUCAAGAAACGAAUUUUUGUUCCCAGUAAGAUUCUGAACAUUAUUCUCGACAUGCAGCAAGUUAAUGUCGGUCAAUGA